AUGGAAUAUUCUCCCAUCACGGAUAACUCCUUCUCUCCUGAUGGACAAUCGCCAUUUGAUGCAAAUUCUCCUUUCAACUCCACAUCUGUUCUUGGUGCUCAAGAUCAAUUCCAAGAGACUAUGCAAGCGUACCCACCAAACGAUGAAUGGGCAGCUUAUGAGCAAACUGAUCUUUACAGCGCCCCAGCUCAAAUUCAGAUUCCAUCUAAUCACCAAAUCUACCAAGAUAUCAUGGGUCAAAAUGCCAUGGCAUUCGAGACAUCGGGUGUCACAUAUCAAGCUCAACAUCAACAACACCCACAAUCAAUGGCACACAUUUCACCUAUCGGUGAAGGUAAUACCAUGCUUUACACACCAAAAUCUAUGCAAGAUUUUGAUGAGGGAUUUGAAGACUUUGUUCCAAACAACACUCGCAUGACUACCAAUGGUGUUCAAGAUUUCCAACUCUUUUCUGCACCCCAACAAAGACAAAAUAGCAACCCUGCUCCACUCUUUGGUGAAAUCAUUCCUCAAGCACCACUUGGAUUUCCUGGAAUUCUUCCCGAGGAUUUGAUUGCAUUCUAUGCACAAACCGCUGCUAAUUCUGCUGCUGGUACUGGCAACCACUUACCACAAAACCACUACCAAAACCAUCAACAACCUCAACAACAUCACCAACAAUUGCAUCAAAACAUGAACAUGACAAUGGACUGGUCUUCUGAUGAUUAUGGCUAUAACAGUCAUUAA